AUGAAGAUUGAGUCAAUUCUAAACCAGUUCAGCGAACUUGACACGGAAGCGAGGGAUAGUCGAGAAAGCCCACACCUUUUCAAUGAGCAGAAGGAACAUAGAGGCCCGUCAUUGUCACUGUCAACUCCGUCACCCGACUGCACCCAGUCUAGAACAUCUAGUGUGCGAUCCGAUAGUCGAACUCGAACGCCUUGGGAUGCUGGUGGCUACUCUCUGCCACGGGAUAUUGGCCCCAAGAACUCCUCGCGACCUCCUUUCACGCCAGUGACUUGGGAGGAGCAGCAGGAAUCUGCGAGACGUCAGAAUGCAUCUAAUUACCACUCCAGACAAGUAUCAAUGGAGACAUCAGCCAGUAUAAAUCUUCAUGGUUCCGCAGGAUCAUAUGCGCUACCAGUCCGCUUGGGGUUGACAUUGAUUCAAGUAGAAUGCCUUCAACUCCAGAAGUCCAUCAAGAUGCUUGGGCGCCGAAAAGGUACCCCCUUUACUUCCGCGCUGGUGUAUAUUCCGGCCGGUGUUCGACGAUCUAGCUUGACUAACAAGACUAGUAACCACAGUGAGCGCCGUGCUUCCCAGCACAUGAGAAGAUUCUCGUCGGUAUCUACCAUCAACGGGAGCAAUACGGUAGGCUCUGGCAUCGCUGACCUGGAAGCAAAAUUGGAGCGGCUUCCAAGGAUAACAGCGCCCCUCCCUCCAGUAACUGUCGGUUUGUCUGCGAAGCCGCAUGCUCGUCAGCGUACCAAUGGUGCUAGGUCGUUGUACGCGGGUAGCCCAUCUGACACGAUUCUAGAGGCGAGGAUGAUGAGAAGAAAGCACAACCAUUUGUCAGAAGAUCAAACAAAAAGGGGAAAUAGCAGUGUCGAACUAUAUGGAAGCCUCGGGGGCGCAUAUUUAGCCGUUCGUGAAUCACAGACAAUGCUCCUAUUGUCAGGAGAAAAACGAUUGCCUGCUGCAGACGCAUCUCGGCUCCCCCGUCCAUCUUUCACUCCUUAUGUCCUCGCACAUUCCCCUUGCUGUCUAUUGUCACUUUCAGCCUAUAAAUUUCCCACCUGGAAUAUACUGACUCUUUUCCCGUUGUUCAGCUAUUUGAAGCCAAAAGAUCAGUUUCUGAAUUCGUUAGAUCGCGUUCAUAAGCGAACCAUCUCGGCACCAAACCCCGCCCAGGGUUCUAGUCAUUCUUUUCCUCAAGCACCAACUUCUCUGCCACAAUUUACGUCCCGGCAGCUUCGUCCUCCAACACAACUGUCACCACAGAUCAACACAUCUCACGACCGUCUUGGCGUCGAGAAGUAUCCCUGGAUCCAUACGGGAGAGGGCUCCCCUGCACCUAGUAGUGCAUCAACAAAGUCGCCCUUCCAUCCCCCGGAGACUGUGAGGAUGCAGUCCAACGGGACUCUUCCAGGUGCAUCUGGACAGGCGGCGUCCCAUGCUAACCAAAAUGAUCGUGUUCUUGCAGCAUUGCAUACCUUGGAAAACGUAACCAUUAACGUUCCCCUUAAGGGUGGUGACAUUUGUAUGGCAGUUCCCGAAUGCAACACUGAUUCGGUACCUCGCAAGGUCAUCUCUCAUAUUUUCGGCCGCAACAAGGUCUGCACUCGUCGCAUCCCGGAGCGUGUCUGGGUUUGCAUGUGUCGCAAGCACUAUCAGAGGAUUCGCUACCGAACUGGUAUCAGAUUCAGCUACACUCAGAUCAAUUUGGUGUACGAGCAGAUCAUCCGAAUGAUCUUCUGGAGCCGAGGUCUGGAGAAUGCCAGCAGAACUAAUCAGGAGGGCAUAACGAUCCGAUCGUGGACAUUCUCGAUUCGAAGACGUGAGGUUAAGCGCCUGGCAGACACGAACAGUCGGGAUCCCAUCCCUCACUGGAUCAUGCAGAGCCUUGGCGAAGGCAAGACGCAUGAUGAAAUCCUCGAUGUUAUUGAACGUCUUUGCCAAGAGAUCGAUCACGGGGAUCUCAGAGAAGUUCCUCCUGUCGAGUUCCUCCCAGAGGUUGUUGAUGCCUUCACGAACCCGCCUGCUCAGGUCCAGAUCCAUCAGACAUCGGCCAGCAGUCAAUCCAGCCGUUCGUCUUUGAUGGCUGGGGAGGCAGUUCCGUCCCCCCUCCCAUUUGUCAAAGAAUCGUCGCCCCUCAAACCAGUUCAAGAAGAGGGAUCUGCGAGUGAGCAUUCUAGCCAGCAAUCGUCGUCGUCGCCCACGCCUCCUGCUGCUUUCAACGGAUCUCGACCCGCUCAUCACUCCAGAUCGUAUACCGAUGAUAUCUCCAACCGGCCUGCUCCCUACUCAUUCGGCUCUCGGUCUCCCCUCGCGAACACUGGCAUCGGGCCAGACACUGAUCGACAACCCAGUCUUGGAUACUAUGACAGUCAGAACCCAACAGCACCUUCAAUGAGCUAUUCCAGUAUUAAUCGUCAUAUGCAGGCGCCGAUGACCGAUCACCGAGGUUCCUGCGAUAACGCCCCUUAUUACCAACAGUCUUAUGGCGGCGAUCACUACUAUGACCCAAAUGGAUUCGUACUGACUGAUAGAAACCUCUCGAUCCAUACCGCCGCUAUGCCAAUGUUGGCCAGAGCGGAUCAGAUGUAUGGCACCGCAGGCUAUGCUGCCCAACACAGCCGAAACAACCACUUCCUUGCGUCGACAGUCAAUACUCAACUCACGCCCGCGCCCCUCAAUUAUCCCUCUUACGGGACUCCUCCUUUUCAGGCUUCAGGAGCGGGUUACUCGUAUCCAGCUCCGGAAGAACGUCAUUCUCAGCUUAGAAUGAGCGGAUUAGACAACUCGCUGCAUCAUUCCAUGGCAGACGAGCGCCCGUACACUCAUGAUCCGCGUUCACAAAUCCACCAGCCCAACUGGUUUUCCGCCGAGACUGGGUCGAACACUAGGAUCGGCCGCUCUAUGAACCAAUACCAGCAGCACACAUUGGCUUCCGUUGACCAAGCUAGCCUCCGUCCCUCGCGCCAGUACCCAAAUCAAGAAGUUCCAGAGUAUGGCUUUGCUGAUCUGGUUACUGAUGAAGGUGUUCCGACCACGCAACCAGCAGUGGCCUACCGUCCAAGAUUCCAAUACGGCUACGCAUCCCCCCCGAGUUCGAUGAUACUCUCGCUCGAGGCAAUUACCAGGCCUAUCAACACAAUCUUUCGACCAAUGGCGAUGAAGACAACAUCCACGGUGAUCGAGCUUCCGACAGCGAUCGCCAGUAAGGAACAGAUUUCCUGA